GUCGAAAAGGUAUGGUAGAGUUAUCUGUCCCAAUGAUCAACAAUGGCGUUUACUUUUGCAGCAUUUUGUUACAUUGUGGCAUUAAUAUUGACGGCAGUAUUGAUAUUUUUCGCGAUAUUUCAUAUAAUUGCUUUUGAUGAAUUGAAAACAGAUUACAAGAAUCCAAUAGAUCAAUGUUCUAGUCUUAAUCCACUUGUUUUGCCUGAAUAUGCCAUACAUCUAUUGUUUACAACACUAUUUCUGUUUGCAUUUCAAUUUGGAUCGCUAAUAUUUAAUUUACCAUUAGCUAUUUAUCAUAUAAGGAGGUAUAUGUCUCGACCUGUGAUGUCUGUACCAGGUCUAUAUGAUCCUACAUCUAUAAUGAAUGCAGAUGAGUUAAAUAGAGCCCAGAAGGAGGGAUGGAUUAAACUAGCCUUUUACCUCAUUUCUUUCUUUUAUUAUUUAUACAGUAUGAUAUACGUGCUAGUUUCUUCCUGAAUCAAGCCUACUACAAAUAUUAGAAUAUUGAGAGAGUACAAAAGUAUUGAAAUACAGAAGAUAGAUUUAGCAUUAUCAUUUUAUUAACCAGAGUUAAACUUUAUCUGAUAUUUAUUACAUUCAUCUGUAUGUUAUAACACCAACAUGUAAAUCAUAUCUUCAUAACAUACUAUAUUUUACAUUUUCUCUUUUUUAAAGAAAUAACAGAAAAUUUUGUCUAAUUUUUAAUCAUUAUGAAGUUCUAAUAUUUGACUUUGUGUAAAUUUGUUUGGAAUUAAUUUAGCUCAUGUUUCUCACUUUCUUGUCUUCAAUUUGAAUUGAAAUCAUUAUGUAAAUAUGUGGCGCAAUGUUCAUCUUCAUUGUCUAAGCUUGUUUUCUCCAAUAAGUAUUUAGCUGUUAAAGUUGUAUGUACGUAUCUGAACAAUAUCCUCCAAGAAAUCAUUGUUGUCAAAUAUAUAAUGAAUGUCUUGUAUAUUUUAGGAACACAAAUUUAAAGGCGCAUUAUGUAAAAUUUAGAUACUAUAAUAUUCCAAAACAGAUAAUGCAAAAUGAAUAUAUUGAAAAUUUCAAUCAAAUUACUUAAGUUUGAGCGAAGUUAUCAAAGGUUGUAUUUAUGACAAGAUGUGUGCAUUGAUUGUAACUAUUGUACUGGUCAUUCCAGUCUUAGCCUCCCUUCUCCAUUUUUAGAUUAAAUCAUUAAAUGGAUGAACCGUUCUAAUCUACUUAAAAUCAGAGCCACCCAAUGCCACCGAGAGUUAACUAUGAUCUUGUCAUGAUAAUAAAUGUCUUAAUUAGUAAUUUUUAUAAGGCCCAAAGAACGCCUGUAAUAAGCAGAUUUAGCUCUUACAUAAUGUCUGUUUAAUUAGUCCUUGAAAAAAUAAUUUUCAUGUUGGCAUUUUUAUUGCCCAACACUUGCCCAAGUAUAAAGAUCAAAUAAAAUAUAAAUUGAAAAAAUUCAUAUUGUUGUUUUAGAGAAAUAAACAGAAUGAAAAGCCUGGAUAGAUCAAAUAAAAUAUUUUAUCAAAGUAGAACAACAUUAUUUUGUUAAUGUUCUGUUUUCAAUUUUUGAUCAAAUGUUAAAAUGCUUUAUUUACAUGUUGUGCCUUGUUUAUUAUUGUGCAUGUGUAUCUAUACUAUGUAAGUAUGAUAGCUAAAAGCUUGACAUGCCAGGAUUAAAUUUUGUAAUAAAAUGUUCUAAAGUUAA